CCAGGCACCCUAUUGCUUACAGUAAGAGCUAGCGACCCGGAUGAGGGAGCCAACGGAAAAGUGGCAUAUAAAUUCCGGAAAAUCAAUGAAAAACAAUCUCCCAUAUUCCAGCUUAAUGAAAAUACUGGGGAAAUAUUUGUAGCAAAAAGUCUAGAUUAUGAAGAAUGUUCAUUUUAUGAAAUGGAAAUACAGGCUGAAGAUGGUGGUGGAUUGAAAGGACGAACCAAAGUGCUAAUUAUGGUGGAAGAUGUAAAUGACAAUAGACCCGAAGUGACCAUUACAUCUCUAUUUAGUCCAGUGAGGGAAGAUGCUCUUCAGGGAACAGUUAUCGUUCUUUUCAAUGCACAUGACCAAGAUUCUGGGAAGAAUGGUCAGGUUUUCUGUUCCAUCCAGGAGAAUCUGCCUUUUAAAUUAGAAAAUUCAAUAGAAGAUUAUUACAGGUUGUUGACAGCCCAAAUUCUUGAUAGAGAAAAAGCCUCUGAGUAUAACAUCACAGUGACAGCCACAGACAGAGGAAUGCCACCCCUAUCUACGGAAAUUCACAUCACCCUGUAUGUGACUGAUAUCAACGACAAUCCACCUGCCUUUUCUCAAGCCUCCUAUUCUAUCUACCUCCCGGAAAACAACCUCAGAGGCACCUCCAUCUUCUCAGUAACUGCCCAAGACCCUGAUAACAAUGAAAAUGCUAGGGUUACAUACUCCUUGGUGGAGGAUACCAUCCAGGGAGCUCCUCUCUCUUCCUAUGUAUCCAUUAACUCUGAAACUGGUGUGUUGUAUGCACUGAGAUCAUUUGACUAUGAGCAGUUUCGAAAUCUUCAAAUACAGGUAAGGGCAAGUGACAACGGGAACCCACCACUCAGCAGUAACGCAUCACUGAGCCUUUUUGUGCUGGACCAGAAUGAUAACACCCCUGAGAUCCUGUACCCCACCCUCCCCACUGAUGGUUCCACUGGGGUAGAGCUGGCACCCCGCUCUGCAGAGCCUGGAUACCUUGUGACCAAGGUGGUAGCAGUGGACAGAGACUCAGGACAGAAUGCUUGGCUGUCUUACCACCUGCUCAAAGCUAGUGAGGCAGGGCUCUUCUCUGUGGGGCUGCACACAGGUGAGGUGCGUACAGCAAGGGCUCUUCUGGAUAGAGAUGCUAUAAAGCAGAGCCUUGUGGUGGCUGUGCAGGACCAUGGCCAGCCACCUCUCUCAGCCACUGUCACAUUCACUGUGGCUGUGGCUGAGAGUAUCCCCAAUAUCCUGGCUGACCUGGGCAGCAUGGAGAUCCCUGCAGAUUCCAGAGAUUCUGACCUCACGCUCUACCUGGUCGUGGCAGUGGCUGCUGUCUCCUGCCUCUUCCUCACCUUUGUCCUUAUUCUGCUGGGGCUCAAGUUUCGGCGAUGGCAUUCCUUGCAUCUGCUACAGGCUGAAAAUGGUGGGUUGACUGGUCUGCCCACCUCACACUUUGUGGGCGUGGAGGGGGUGCAGGCUUUCCUGCAGACCUGUUCCCAGGAGUUUUCUCUUACAGCUGACUCUAGAAAGAGCCACAUUAUCUUUCCCCAACCCAACUAUGCAGACAUGCUCAUCAGCCAGGAGAGCUGUGAGAAAAAGGAGACUUUGGGCCAUUCACUUGAUUCCAAGUUUCCUAUAGAAGACACUCCUUUGGUUCCCGUGAGUUGGAUUUUUUUUCUUUACUGUCUGUAA